GAGAGAGAGAAAGACAGAGAGAUAGCGCGUUCCCACGACGACGAUGUUACCGCGAAGGCUUGCGGGUGGCUGCCUCAGAUUGGGAGGCAUCGGCGCUCGCUACACGGAACAGCGCCUGUCCUCGUUUCGAACGGAUAGUCUCGCCAACGAGAGAUUUUCCACCCAGACUACAUCCGCCGUCGCAGCAGCGAGAAGCGGCCAUGGAGAAGGGUACGCGAAUCAUCGCAGGACCCAUGCCAUGGAGGGGAACUCGAGCGUCCCCGCCGGAGGGAGAAAUAUCACGAGCACAGCGAGAGAGGAGCUGAUGAUGAGCGCCACCGAGAGAGCGGUGGCGGCGAAUCUCUUCUUCAGCUUCGGGACGGUGGGCGAAGACGGGGAGGUCACGCUGCAGCCUCACGACCUCAGCAGAAUGCUGCAGUCCAUGGGCGUGGUCGUGUCCGAGGACAAGCUCAGCCAGAUGGUCUCUAGGGCCGACAAAGACGCUACGGGGUGCAUCUCGGAGGACGAUUUCCUGGAGGCCUUCGACUGGCUCAUGUCCCAGGGGCAGGACGAGCGAGAUUACAUGGCCAUCUUCAACAUGUUGGAUAAGGACCAGAACGGUUACGUUGACGUCGACGAGCUGACCAACCUGCACUCGACGACAAAGGAGAGGCUCACCGUGGUAGAGGCGAAGAAGAUUCUAGAGGUGGCGGACACGAACGGAGAUGGGAGGAUGAAUUACGAGGAGUUUUUGAAGCUCAUGACGGAGCACACGAUCUUGGGGUGGAAGCUCCUGACGACCUUCCGCGUGAUCUUCGUUAUGGGCGGGCCGGCCUCCGGCAAGGGAACCAUCUGCGCGGAGGUGGUGAAGCGGGCCAACGCCGUCCACGUCAGCUCCGGCGACCUCCUGAGGGACGAGGUUCAGCGGCAAACUCCUCUUGGUCUGCAGGUGGCGGAGAGGAUGAAGGAGGGCCGCCUCGUCGAUGCCAGUACUGUUUUGGCGCUCCUGGAGAAGUUCUUGACGCGUCACCCCGGCAAGCAUGUGCUGCUGGACGGAUUCCCUCGCUCUUUGGACAACGCCAGGGAUUGGGCGAGGCUCUUCGGCCCUCCAGAGGCGUGCAUCAGGAUUAAUUGCCCCGACGAGGUGAUGGCAAGCCGUAUCGUGGAGAGGGGUAAGGGGUCGGGGAGAGCGGACGAUCACGCGGAGGCGGCCCAAGUGCGAAUAGACACCUACCACCAGCAGAGCUCCGGGCCGUCGCGCUACUUCGAAUCGAUCGGGCUGAAGUUCGUCGACCUUGACGGCACCCUCUCGGUGAAGGAGAACACCCAGUACCUCCUGAACCUGCCGAUGCUCAGCUCGAUCUGCUACCGGCACGUCCACGAGGCUCGCUCCAAGCCCAACGCGCCGCCGUCGGAGAAGCCGGAGAGGUCGUUUGACCCGGCCGUGAGAGAGUCGGGGGCCCCGCAGGUGGGUGUGGGGUCACCGAUACCCCCCACCCCGGCGCCCGCCGCCGCCGCCGCCGCCGCACCCGGGCCAAGCAUGUAG